UAUAACUACUCUUUGUUAUACAUAGCCAUUUUAGUUACUCUGGUUCGUUCCCCAUUCCUUCCUUCUCUCUCUCUCUCUAAUAGCUCUUCAUCUGUUUUAGAACUUUGAUCAUCUAAAUUUCUAAAUUCCUUGAUCCUCACUCAAACUUUGAUCAUUCCCUUUGUUUAAUUUUCAUCUCCUCGUAAUUCAGUUCAAGGGUUUUUUUUUUUUUCCUUUCAUUUCUGAAAAUCCAAUAAACAACAAAGUUUUUUGUUUUUGGUUUUGGUGUGCCAUUAAAAAGCUCAUUAAUGGCACAACUCCCUCCAAAAAUCCCAACCAUGACGACGACGACGACGCCACAUUGGCCUGACUUUUCCUCCCAAAAACUCCCAUCCAUCGCCGCAACCGCCGUCGCAACCGCAGUAACCGCCGGUCAGCAAAACAACCCGUCGUGGAUGGAUGAGUUUCUCGACUUCUCAGCGACUCGCCGUGGCACUCACCGUCGUUCAAUCAGCGACUCCAUCGCUUUCCUCGAAGCACCUUCUUCCGGCGUCGGAAACCACCACUUCGACAGGUUCGACGACGAGCAAUUCAUGUCCAUGUUCAACGACGACGUACACCAACAAAACCACAACAACAACAAUAACCACCACAAUCAUCAUCACAACAAUGUAGGUCCCACGCGUUCUUCUUCCAAUACCUCCACGCCGUCCGAUCACAAUAGCCUCAGCGACGACGACAACAAAGAGCCACCACCGUCCGAUCAUAAUCACAUGGACACCACAGCCAAUCAAAACAACGUCGCCGGUAACAAUUACAACGAAUCAGACGAGGUUCAAAGCCAAUGCAAGACGGAGCCACAGGACGGUCCGUCGGCGAAUCAAAACUCCGGCGGAAGCUCCGGUAAUCGGAUUCAUGAUCCCAAAAGGGUUAAAAGAAUUUUAGCAAAUAGGCAAUCAGCACAGAGAUCAAGGGUGAGGAAACUGCAAUACAUAUCAGAGCUCGAACGGAGCGUUACUUCAUUGCAGACGGAAGUUUCAGUGUUAUCGCCAAGAGUUGCGUUUUUGGAUCACCAGCGAUUGCUUCUCAACGUCGACAAUAGUGCUAUCAAGCAACGAAUCGCCGCUCUGGCCCAAGACAAGAUUUUCAAAGACGCUCACCAAGAAGCAUUGAAGAGAGAAAUAGAGAGACUUCGACAAGUAUAUCACCAACAGAGCCUCAAGAAGAUGGAGAAUAAUGUCUCCGACCAAUCUCCGGCCGAUAUCAAACCGUCCGUUGAGAAAGAGCAGCUCCUCAAUGCCUAAAGCUGCUCUUCAUUCAUUAAGAUUUUAUCUCUACAUGCGUGGCGAAAAGAUUCCUGACAAUAAAACCUCUUUAUGUCAAGAAGUUAAUUUAUCAAAGAAGAAGACAUUCUUAUUUAAUCUAAUCACAUUUUUUUAAGUUGUGAUGAAUUUGCUUUAAUGUAUCUGAUUUUUUUUUUUUUUGUCUUAUGGAGUGGGAGGGGGGAAAGUGGGAAUGAUAUGUAAAAAGAACUUAGCUGAUUUGUUGUUUAUUCAAUUUUUUUGUUGGAGUGUCUAA